AUGGCCAUUGGCAAUCACGAGUUUGACGACGGACCGGAAGAGCUGGAGAACUUUAUCCGGCAAGUGAAGCGGUCUGACCCGAGACUGAACAUUCUUUCGGCAAACACUGAAGUCGCCGGCGACUCGGUGCUCGCCGGACUGAUUGGCCGAUCGGUGGUGAAAGUGAUCGCUUGCGGCGUAAAGNUGAGGCACGACGUGAUGGCCAUUGGCAAUCACGAGUUUGACGACGGACCGGAAGAGCUGGACAACUUUAUCCGGCAAGUGAAGCGGUCUGACCCGGGACUGAACAUUCUUUCGGCAAACACUGAAGUCGCCGGCGACUCGGUGCUCGCCGGACUGAUUGGCCGAUCGGUGGUGAAAGUGAUGGCUUGCGGCGUAAAAGUGGCCAUCAUCGGCUACACCACACCGGACACCAUGUUCCUUGCCAAGCCAGGCAACAAAGUGGUGAUAGGAGAUGAGGUGCAGGCAAUUCAAAGUGAGAUUAAUCGACUGAAAGUGUUGCACCCCUCGCUGAACAUCUUCAUCGCCGUCGGUCAUUCGGGCUACGAGCGAGACCUGCAGAUUGCAGCCGCCAUUGCCGACCUGGACGUGGUGGUGGGCGGACACACCGACACCUUUCUCUUCACCGGCGGAACACCGCCGUCCACUGAAGUGCCUGAAGGCGAGUACCCUACUGUGGUGCGUCACCAACAGAGUGGAGACCAGACGCUGGUGGUGCAGGCCUUCGCCUAUGGAAAGUACCUAGGCAAACUGGAUCUGGUCUUUGACAGCCGAGGACGUGUCGUUCAGCACGGGGGCCAGCCAAUACUGGUGAGCCACUCAAUGGAGGAAGACGGUGACACAAAGCGGCUGCUGGUCGAGCUGAAUGAUCAGCUUAACAGCAAUCUUGGUCGGAUUGGCUACACUGAAGUGGACCUGGUGCAGAAGCGCUGUCGAGCGGAGCAGUGCAACAUUGGCAAUCUGAUUGCUGAUGCACUGGCCGACUACUCGGCUGAAAGACUGCACUUCAUCAAGCAGAAGAGUUUUUCCGGUAGUAAAGGAGGGAAAGGCUGCUCUGAACAGCCGCCAUUGGCCAUCAUCAACAGUGGCACCAUUCGCGGUGGCAUUCGCUCCGGGGUGAUCAGCUACAAAAGCGUCCUCUCGGCCUUGCCCAUUGGCAAUCAGCAAGGACUGAUGAGCAUCAAUGGCAGUGACUUGCUGGCACUCUUUGAAACUUCUGCCAGUCAGCACCGGCAGGGUGGCUUCCUCCAGGUUUCAUCCUGCUUUGAGGUGCACUACAGGCGAUCAGGCAACAACAGCAAACUGGAGCUAGAAAGG